AUGUCGAAAUUGAAGGAAAGUUCGUCCAAUUAUUCGGUGGCUCGACUUGUCGGUACAGAUUCAUCACUCUUAGAUCACGAAAUCAGCAGAACGACAAAUUCCUUAGCGAAACCGUUUGAAAAUCCUGUACGUCAUCGUGUUGGAAAUUAUAACUUCCCUAUCAACUUACCUUCAAAAAUGAUACAACCAAUACAACAAGGUAUCAUCACAGUUUAUUGA